AUGCGACAACUAGCACCAGCUCGAGGUAGUCGAGUUCAAACCCAAGGCUCUUUUCAGGGCCACCUACAUUUUCUGGAAAAGAAUCUUUCUCGAGUACUGAAAUUUCUCGGUGCAAAAGAGCUGCUCUCCGAGACAAGUGGGCAUCGCAGCGAGCAGCCGGCCACGGGCGGCGUCAAGAAGCCGCACCGCUACCGGCCCGGCACGGUGGCCCUGCGCGAGAUCCGCCGCUACCAGAAGUCCACCGAGCUGCUCAUCCGCAAGCUGCCGUUCCAGCGGCUGGUGCGCGAGAUCGCGCAGGACUUCAAGACCGACCUGCGCUUCCAGAGCUCGGCCGUCAUGGCGCUGCAGGAGGCGUGCGAGGCCUACCUCGUGGGGCUCUUCGAGGACACCAACCUGUGCGCCAUCCACGCCAAGCGCGUCACCAUCAUGCCCAAGGACAUCCAGCUCCCCUGCAGGUCAACGGAGAGCGUCAGGGCCCAGUGUUCUCCCCGUAGGGUCCGCCACAUCCGUUCUUCCGAACCACUGCCUUCACCCCACCCUCCGUGUUAGAUGAAAUGAGUAAAAUACUGGGAUCACACUGGUAGGUAUGACACCAUUCUGGAGCCAGAGAAACGUCUCAGGUUUGGGAUGAGCCUCGUCUUCAGUGCUGUUGCUUCGAGGUGCACUGUCCCACCUUAAGUUAGUCCAAACAUUUCCACAACUAUUGCCCUUGAAAUGUAAGGUGUUGCUAAUCACCCAGGCUGUUCUGCCUUACAGAUUUCAAGGUCCAUGUGGAGUAAGGAAAAUAUGAGCGGGGGGCUGUAUGGUUCGGCAAAGCAAUGCUUCUGAUUGAAGGCCUACGGGGAGUGUGGGCUCCUGACAAACCUGGGUCUCUCUGCCAAGCCGACGGCUUAGGUCUGGAAGAAGGUUAAUUGAUGUGUGUUUCCCUUAACUUUUGUUAAGUAAGGAAAACCCUGCCAAUGGUUUUUACUUCCCAGGGCACAACGUUGCCUCCUAUUUUCUGUUCACUGAACUCCUUUAACGGAUGUCAUCUCAAAAAGGGGGGUAAAAGCCUUCUUAGCUCUUUUUCUUAAAUGUCACGGACACCUUCGGCAGCCUGGUGACGUUUAUGGAAAUCCUUCUCUGGAUAAUAUUUGAAGUGUAUAAAAUGCAAAAAUUGCAAGAAGUGUUUAUUCCACUUUAACUUCUCCAAGUUAAAAAAAAUAAAUUUGAUCGGCUUGGACCAGUGCUUA